CAAGCUUAUAGUAAGUUAGUAAUAAUGUAUAUAAUGACGUGGCAAAGGAUAAAUGUCUCUUUAAAUGCACGUAGCAGCCGGAGGAGUGACCCACCUACCUAGUGUUAAAUUCUCCUGCCGGAGUUUGGUCCCCACGCGACCUUCUUCUUCACCGGAGUAAUAACGCGCGUGAGCUCCACCGCGUCGGGACAAAACUAAUGUCCUCUCAAAAAAGCAAAAAAAAAAAGAGAAAAAAAACCAGAGAUGGUGAGCUGUGUGAAAAGGACCCCACCACACCCAUGUGCUUCUCCUUCCUGUCUCCACCAGCUCCCUCCUUCUCAAUCAUUAGCUUCUUCUCUUCUCUUCUCUCACAGAGAGAGUAAUCACAAGCCAAGUGAGAAAAAGAAAACACUAAACCCAGAUCGAAAACCAUGUCUAUUAACAACAACAACAACAACAACAACAAUAACAACGAUGGUCUUAUGAUCUCAUCAAACGGAGCUUUAAUCGAACAACAACCAUCAGUCGUUGUGAAGAAACCACCGGCGAAAGAUCGACAUAGCAAAGUCGAUGGAAGAGGGAGAAGAAUCCGUAUGCCGAUUAUAUGUGCUGCUCGUGUUUUUCAGCUAACGAGAGAGCUUGGUCAUAAGUCAGAUGGCCAAACAAUUGAAUGGUUACUUCGUCAAGCAGAGCCUUCUAUUAUAGCUGCAACAGGAACUGGUACAACUCCAGCGAGUUUCUCAACUGCUUCUGUCUCUAUCCGUGGAGCCACCAAUUCUACUUCUUUAGAUCAUAAACCCACUUCUUUACUUGGUGGUACGUCACCGUUUAUACUUGGGAAACGUGUUAGAGCUGAUGAGGAUAGUAAUAAUAGUCAUAAUCAUAGUUCUGUUGGUAAAGAUGAGACCUUUACGACAACACCAGCUGGGUUUUGGGCUGUUCCGGCGAGGCCGGAUUUUGGACAAGUUUGGAGUUUUGCUGGAGCUCCACAAGAGAUGUUUUUACAACAACAACAUCAUCAUCAGCAACCAUUGUUUGUUCAUCAGCAACAGCAACAACAAGCUGCAAUGGGUGAAGCUUCUGCUGCUAGAGUUGGGAAUUAUCUUCCGGGUCAUCUUAAUUUGCUUGCUUCUUUAUCCGGUGGAUCUCCCGGGUCGGAUCGAAGAGAGGAAGAUCCACGUUAAUGGUUUAAGCCCUUUUAGGUUUGAGGGCAAAAUUUGGUAUAUAUAUUUAUUAUCUUCUCUUCUCUAUUGUUGUCAUUGUUUCUCUAUGUGUGUGUUUUAGUGUUGUUAGAGAUUGAUUUGGUUUCAGAAUCUCUGCAAGUGAUUUGAGAGUUUUCGUUAGCUUUAAGUAAGUUAAAGACGGUUGUUUUUGAUUAGGGUUAAAUUAGGGUUUAAGAAUCUGUUGUUUUUUUGGAGGGAGAUCGAUUUCUUAUCGGAUCCAAGAUUACUUUUAGGAAAAAAGGGAAAAUUUCAGAAACCACGGUGGUUUCUUUUCCUCUUUUUUUUUUUGUGUCUGUUUUUUUUUUCCGGUGAAACAGAGCCGUCGAUUAAAAUUUCAGAUAUAUAUUUAAAUGUUUUAAUAUGGUUUGUUGUUGUUGUUGCUAAUUGUGUAAUGUGUUACAACAAUUGUGGUGAAGCAUUUGCGUAAGCUGUUAACCACGUUUAUUUCUAAUAAAUGUUUCGAAUUCAUAUUGUUCCUUCCUUCUCUGCAUUUAUUGAUACACAAAAAGCUUUAUGUGAUAGUGAUUGUUUCGUUGAAAUCGAACCGGAUGAUGGAUUUUUGAACAGAAUCAUAAUAAUCUCUUAUUUUUUUAGUGGAUAUAUGUAUGAAUUGUGGAUUUUGAGAUGCUAUUUAUUUUUGGCGUUUCGCGUCUUGAUUUAAUGCAAGAACUGAACAGAGGAUUUAGUAAGAAAAAGAGACAAACCAGUUGUGUCUGAAUUCUUCAAUUUUGUUGCCUUUUUGUUUCAUAUGAAUCUUUGUACUGUGCUUUUGGAAGUUUGGUUUGUCACGUUAGUCAGAGAAAUAUUAAAUUUAAGUACUGUUAAAACUAUAUGGCGACAU